AUGGCUGCCAAUUCAGACAUUCCUUCUUCUGCUGGCCUUCUGCCUCAUCUUGAUGUCUCUGGUUGGGUGUGUGAUGGUGAUCUCCAAAAGCUGCUCAACCAAGACGAAACUGGCGACUCUGCGCUGUCGUAUGUGGUCAUGAGUCCCCCGACAUCAACAAAAACCAGUCCCUCUGCACAAAAGUGCACACUACAUAUAUGCAUGCCACUAAAUUAUGUCAUGAAUCUACGUAAGAUGGUGGUAAUAUCUUCUACACGGGUAUUGGAAGUCUUUUCAGAGGACAAUUAUGUGUCAACUGUGCAAGGGCAGCUGGUUGACGAGAGUGAUGACGAUGAGGAACCAGUGUUUUCAGCCGUAUUGCCUAUUGAGCUUACUACACACAAGCUCUCGAUACGUUUCCCAAGCAUACGCCCCCUAAACAAUAAAGCCACACCUUCACUGACAUUGUAUGCAGUGUCGCUCAAAUAUGAUGCUUCUCCAAGUACAGCUGACCCAAGAGACUUGCACUCAAUGGACAUCUCUCUAAUGAAAAUGAUGGAAUCUCUGAGAGUAAACGCAGCACCAGCACCAAUAAUACAACCAGCACUCGCACCCGAAACAGUAGCUCUACUAAAGCAGGAUAUGAUGAUGGAACUGGAUAAGAGGAUUGAUCGUUUACAGCGACGCAUAGAUGAACGGUUCGAUCGACUUGAAGCCAUGCUGAUGGGCUCACGGUUGCAGACGUCGAAUGGGGUCGGAAGCUCACGUUUGAAUGGGUCAAAGGAUGUAGUGGCACCAAAUGGCGCAAGUAGUUUGAGAGAAGAUGCUCUCACCCCGUUGGGUGUAAUCCAAUCUACAUACGCCAGCUUGGAAUCUGGGUUCUAUGGAUCUAUUGCGAAACGACAGCCAAUAGCGAUGCCACCCAAGCAGAACUCGAACAAGAACAUAGAGAGCGAGGAAGUGCUUCAAGCCAUCGUCGUAGCAGAUUCAUUCAAUAAUCGCUUCCAACCGCUUACACAGGACGAGCCUCGAUGCUUACUACCGCUAGUAAACGUACCUCUGCUCGAAUACACGUUGGAAUUCUUGGCUGUUGGCGGUGUCCAAGAAAUCUAUGUUUUGACCUGUGCUCAUGCAGACAAGAUUAAAGACUACAUAAGAAAAUCGAAAUGGAAUCGAGCACCGACAAAAAUCACAACUGUCGAAACAUUGGGAUUGAGAAGCAUGGGUGAUGCAUUAAGAGAAGUCGAUCGUAAAGGGCUUGUCAAGUCGGAUUUCAUACUGAUUAGUGGUGAUGUCGUCUCAAACAUGAGUUUGGAGAAGGCUCUUGCCACGCACAAGGCUCGACGUGCUAAAGACAAGAAUUCUAUUAUGACUAUGCUAGUGCCAACCAUCGCUCAAGGCAAGUUCAACGUAAACCAAUAUCCGGCACGAGGAGAAGAAGCACUCUUCAUCAUUGACGCCAAAACACACGAAUGUGUCCAUUACGAACCACUAGAAGUAUACCCACCAAAAUCAAAAAUCGAGCUAGAAUUAGAAUGGUUUCAGAAACACCCUGAUUUACAAGUUCGUAACGACUUGAUUGACUGUCAGAUUGAUAUAUGCUCUCUUGAUGUCCCAGCUCUAUUUCAAGAAAACUUUGAUUAUCAGCACAUCAGGACGGAUUUCGUUCGUGGUGUCUUGGAAUCAGAUGUUUUGACGUCGACCAUACAUUGCUAUGUGUUGGAAGAUGAGUAUGCUGCUCGUGUGAGGAGUACUCAUUCAUAUGAUUCUGUGAGCAAGGACAUUAUUGGGAGAUGGGCCUAUCCAAUGGUACCUGACAGCAACAUCGCUGAUGAUACACUGUAUUACAUGUCGAGGCGACAUGUGUACUUGGAAAACCCAGUCUUCUUGACCAGAUCUGCAGUUCUAUCAUCCAGAGUCUGUGUCGGCUCUCACACGAGCGUAGAAUCUGACACCAACGUAUCAGAAAGUGUCAUUGGUAGAAACUGCAAGAUUGGAGAAAAAGUCACCAUUGAUGGAUCUUAUAUAUGGGACAAUACUGAAAUCAAGGCCAAAUCAAGGAUCCAGCAAUGUAUUAUUGGAAGAGGAGUCAAGAUACAUGAGAAUGUUAUGAUUUCAAGAGGAUGCAUUAUUGGAUCUGGGGUGGAACUCGGACCCAAUAUUACUGUGCCACCAUUCUCUAAAUUAUCCAUACGGCCCUACUCGGAAGAUCAGCCAACAGAUGACGAGCUACUGAUGGAAGGAAUAGGGCCAUCAUUCGAUCGAAAAGUGGUUGGUACGAAAGGUAAAGGCUAUCUAUGGCCUUCUAUACCAUUUGAAAGCGAUCUGGACGAUCUGGAUGCAAGGAAUUAUCCACUGACUGAGAUGGGUAUGCAUAUCCUAUGCGAGUAUGUGCAAAAAGAACUGGACAAGGACGACUCAUACAAACUCUCUGUUGGAACAGGAAGGACAUUUGAUCCCAACUCGAUCGAAGAAAUGGAUGAUACCGAAUCAGAAGACGACGAAAGUGACGACGAUGGUGCAACAAUGGGCACUGGUUUCGGAUCAGAUGAUGAAGACAAAGAGUGGAAGACUGAAGCUGAAAAGACGUUGCAAAAUGUCUUUGUAUCUGGCCAUACAGUUGAUGACAUAGCGACCGAAUUGAACACUAAUAAGUAUGCUCACAACGCCACGUUUCACGACAUUCGAGCAUCUGUUAUACCGUUUCUGGUUGGUCAUGUCAACCUGUCGAAUCACAGUGCUAGUGCCAAGGAGCUCAUGCAACAAUGGGGUGCAAAACUCUUGGUGAGAUAUGCCAAGGUGCAAGAAGAUCAAGUCGAUUGUUUGGAAAUCUUGCAUAGCUGUUGCGCUGAGAAUGAAGCCACAUACAAAGUAUUUGCUGCUAUGCUCAGAUUAUUCUAUGAGCAUGACAUUGCUGAGGAAGAUGCAGUCAUGAAAUGGCAUGGUACUACUGCAAACACUACCGGAGCAAUGGCUAAAGUGCGAGAGUUGGCAGCACCACUGGUCAAAUUCUUGCAGGAAGCUGAUGAGGAGGACUCGGACGAAGAAGACAGCGAUUAG